UAUCGUUGCCCCUUUAUUCUUGUGUCGUCUCUCCUCACAGUUCUCUCACUACUCUCUCUCUCUCUCCCUACGACUCCAAGGAGUCUUGUAUACCUGAGCCUCUAAAAUACUUUCUUUGGUGAUGAACAAUAAUUACUUACAGGUCUAUCUGCGUCUAUAGCGCGCUCUCUCUCACACACUCGAUCCAUGGAACCAAAAGGCGUUGUCAGCUUCCGUCACCGCAGAUCUCCCUCCUCCGAUCGCUUCCUCGACGUCUUCUCCCCACCGAAAUCUAGCGCCGGCGCCACAGCUGUGAACAUCGCAGACGACGAGAUCAGCGAGGACGAAGUCUUCUGGACCGGCGACUUCUCCGAACCGAACCGCCCCGCCAGCUCUCUCUCCGCCACCGCUAUCCCCAACCACCACCGCCAAAUUUUAGGGCAUCCGGAAAAAUUCGGCAUCCUCGCCGCAUUGCCGGAAGAUAACCGGAAAUAUAACCGCCCGGUUUUAUGCAGAAAACCUUCAAUUUCAUCAUCAUCUACCACGACGUCUUCGUCUCGGGCGAUUCCGGCCAUACCGAAACCUCCGCAACAAAAUCUUCAAGAGAGGGAGUACUCUCAGUCCAUGCCCACUCGAAAGCUCCAACAAUCAGCUCCGAUGAACGUCCCGGUGAUGCUGAGGAAGGUGAGGAACGGUGAGCUUGCCGAGGUGGACGUGGACGACGGAGAGGACGAAGAGAUGUUGCCGCCCCACGAGAUCGUGGCGAGAGGAUCGGCGAUGUCCCAGAUGACGACGUUUUCGGUGCUCGAAGGCGUUGGGAGGACACUGAAAGGGAGAGAUCUGCGUCAGGUCAGGAACGCUGUGUGGCGCAAAACAGGUUUUCUUGACUGAGACUUGGCCCAUUUUGAUUGAGUUCUUUGUUUUUGGACUGAAAAGUUGCUUCCUUUUUUUUUGGCUAGCUUUCACAGUCUCCAUCAUGUACAAGGGUACAUCUUUAAUCAUAGUUAAGCGUUUUUUGUAUCUGAAAGUUUCCGAACAGGGAUUUUUUUUUUGAAAGUUAACAGGGAUGUUUGUUGCAAACGUUAAAACCUAAGAUUUUUGUGUUGGGGUUUGGUAACUGUUGUAACUGCUCCAUACAUUUUGGUUAAUGAAUGGUAGAUUACGAAUUAUAUAUAUCAGCAAAAA